GCGGCCGCGGGAGCGCAGUGCCAGCGCCGCCCGGCCCCACCGAGAGGGGCGCACUCACCGCUGCGGGGCUCGCACCGCUCGCCGCAGCCCCCUCCCGCCGACCCGCAAGUCCUCUCAAGUCCUGAGUAAAUAAGUGGUUUGUGCCUGUUCCAACGGCAGAGCAGAACCCAGCAGUGGUCCUGUCAGGUGGAUGUACUGAUUUCCUAUUCUGACACCUAGAGAAGACUCCAUCAGAGAUCGCUGCAAUGUCGGUAUCCAAUCUAUCAUGGUUGAAGAAAAAGUCCCAGUCGGUGGAUAUUACUGCUCCAGGGUUCAACCCUUUGGGUGGAGCAGGGAAGCAAGCAACACAAGCCAGCAAGCCCCCGGCACCCAAGACUCCCAUCAUUGAAGAAGAACAGAACAAUUCAGCAAACACCCACAAGCAUCCUUCCAGGAAAAGCGAACUGAAGAGGUUCUAUACCAUUGACACUGGGCAAAAGAAGACCCUAGACAAGAAAGAUGGGAGAAGGAUGUCUUUUCAGAAGCCUAAAGGAACUAUUGAAUAUACUGUUGAAUCAAGGGAUUCUUUGAAUAGCAUAGCCCUGAAGUUUGAUACCACACCCAAUGAACUUGUUCAGUUAAAUAAGUUAUUCUCCCGAGCAGUCGUGACUGGACAGGUUUUAUACGUUCCUGAUCCUGAGUAUGUCUCUAGUGUUGAGAGUUCCCCGUCCCUGAGCCCUGUAAGUCCUCUGUCGCCAACAUCAUCUGAGGCUGAGUUUGAUAAAACCACUACUCCCGAUGUAAUCCAUCCAAAAGAAGUACCUCCUUCAUCUACUGUGAGCGGUAUUCGGCCUGCAAGAGUUGUAUCUUCAACUUCUGAAGAAGAAGAAGCAUUUACUGAGAAAUUUCUUAAAAUUAAUUGCAAAUACAUCACCAAUGGCAAGGGCACAGUCAGUGGCGUCCUGCUAAUCACACCAAAUAACAUAAUGUUUGAUCCACAUAAGACAGACCCCUUGGUUCAAGAGAACGGUUGUGAGGACUACGGCAUCAUGUGUCCGAUGGAAGAGGUGAUGUCCGCUGCCAUGUACAAAGAGAUUUUGGAUAGCAAACUAAAGGAAUCACUGCCCAUCGAAAUAGAUCAAUUGUCUGGAAGGGGAUUCUGCCAUUCAAAGAAAAUGACAGGAGUCACUACUGAGGAAACAGAGUCGAGAACCCGCGACCAGGGUAACGACAGUGGCAGCACUGCUCCCAGGAGCACUGAAGAGUCUCUCUCUGAAGAUGUUUUCACGGAGUCAGAACUCUCCCCUAUCCGUGAGGAGCUGCCCUCCUCAGAGCUGAGACAAGAGAAAUCUUCUGACGCCUCAUCAGAAUCUGUGCAGACUGUCAGUCAGAUAGAAGUACAGUCCUUGACAGCUAGGUCGGAGUCUGCCAGUGUUCCUGAUCACAUUAACUCAAAUGCUGGACAUUCUUCAAAUGAAGUUGGGGCUUUAUCUCAUGAAACUGGUUUAAGUAGUCUCGAAAUAGUCACUAAAGAAGGAGAUAAAGCUACAGAAAACCUUCAAGAAGUCUCGGGCCCUAAAGAACAGAGCACAGAUGUAAAAAGUCAGGAUAACCAGGAUUCGUUCCAGCAUGAAAACUCACUGCAGCAAGAGGCAGGCGAAGACAGUGUAUCUUCUGGAGAAACAGUAGAACUGAAAGAAAAGUUAACCGUCCUUAAGAAUCAACAAGGGAAGGAGCUAAAACAGGACUCAGAGACCGAAGUAGAAGAACUGCGCAAACUCUGGAAAAGUCACUCUAUGCAGCAAGCCAAGCAGCAAAGGGACACAAUUCAGCAGGUGUCGCAGAGAGAGAGUAAACACAGAAGCGCACCUGCCGAUGCACAUGGAGAGGGCUCCUCACUGUUAAAGGAAAAGAGAAGGCAUCGGUUACAUAAGUUCCUGUGUCUCAGAGUCGGGAAACCAAUGAGAAAGACAUUUGUAUCUCAAGCAAGUGCUACGAUGCAACAGUAUGCACAGAGAGAUAAAAAACAUGAAUAUUGGUUUGCAGUGCCACAAGAAAGGACAGACCACUUGUAUGCCUUCUUCAUUCAGUGGAGUCCAGAAAUCUAUGCCGAAGACACUGGUGAAUAUACCAGAGAACCUGGAUUUAUAGUAGUCAAAAAGAUGGAGGAGUCCGAAGCCAAUGAAGCCCCUGCCGGUGAGGCAGCAGCCAGGGAGUGGGAGAUUACUACAAGGGAAGACAUCAACUCAAAGCAGGUUGCUCCAGCAAAAGCAGACCUGGAGCCUGAAUCUUUCCGUCCAAACCUAAGCGACCCCAGUGAACUCUUACUGCCUGAUCAGAUUGAAAAGCUUACUAAGCACCUUCCACCGAGAACCAUUGGCUACCCAUGGACUCUUGUGUAUGGUACUGGGAAGCAUGGCACAAGUUUGAAGACCCUUUAUCGAACAAUGACAGGUUUAGACACUCCGGUGCUGAUGGUGAUUAAAGACAGUGACGGGCAGGUUUUUGGUGCUUUAGCAUCAGAGCCAUUUAAAGUAAGUGAUGGCUUUUACGGUACCGGAGAAACAUUUGUUUUUACAUUCUGUCCAGAAUUCGAGGUCUUUAAGUGGACCGGAGAUAAUAUGUUUUUUAUCAAAGGAGACAUGGAUUCAUUAGCAUUUGGCGGAGGAGGAGGAGAAUUUGCUCUUUGGCUUGAUGGAGAUCUCUACCAUGGAAGAAGCCAUUCCUGCAAAACGUUUGGGAAUCAUACACUCUCUAAGAAGGAAGAUUUCUUCAUCCAAGACAUUGAAAUCUGGGCUUUUGAAUAAAUACAGGGCUCUUGGUUGCAGCAGGACAUCGGCCCAAACCUGAAUGGACAAACGCAGCGUUCGUUAGGAAUGUUCAAGAAGCAAUACAAUUCAUAUGUCACUCGUGCUUUCAAGUCAGGUGUUUGGCCAUUUACUGCAACUAUAAGUUUGGAGUUUAUUUUUCAAAUCAUGUUUCUGUCCCAGAGUUCUUUUGUUUACACCAUGGCCUGUGAUCCAGUAGUGUAGCAGCCAGGUGGGAUUUGUCAGCAUAGUGCAGCAGCAUUCGGAUCAGAGAGGCCGCCACCUUUUCAGUUCACGUCAUCUCAGUCCUAACGGGAUGGUGCUCUGUUCAACUUGUUUUUAAUCUGUCUUCAUUCUUUUUAUAGAGCAGUGUACUUGGGGCGUUGAGGAAAUGGAGCCUAGAUACUUUUGUGUCUGGUGGAGUUGGCACAGGUGACAUUUGGGCCUACUUACAUUUUCUUCUAGAUAAGAAACCACAUGCCAAAAUAACACGUGCUUCAUAGACCUCUUCUAUUUCUAAUUCACUACAGCAUUCUCUUUAUUCAUUUUGUAAACAUUCUCGAUUUCAUUUAAGACAAUGACAUUGGAGGAGCAGUCUGAUUGCCAUCGACCACAGCACACACGAUCGGCAGGUUUGGGCGCAUGUUUUCAUCACUGAAUUUUCAGAUAGAGUUACAAAUUGACAGAGGAGAAUGGGAAUUCAAUGAUUCUAUUGGAUUUAAUAUAUUAAGCAAGUAAUAGUAUUUACAUAUUUGUAGCUUAAUAGGGCAUUAUCAUAAGUACAAAACUAAAACGUGCAUAUUUCUUCAACAUUGUGUCAGAUACACUGUUUUACAGUUCUCUUGUUUAGCCUUGUUGCAUACCAGCUCCCUCAAUACAUUUUUGUUUUGUUUUCUGCUCAAAAGGAAAAAAAAAUUGUUUUGAAAUAAAAACGUGUUUUUUUUUCUAAGUGGUAUACGUUAUUAGUUACCAUUAGCAGCUGCUCUUCUAAAAGGGCAGUGACUGUAGUAGCCAGCACUGUAACUCAGUAGACUUGGUAAAUGUGCAAGCUUACUGUCAAGUGGCCUCAAAAACGAAAAGGUAGAAUAAACUAGCAAUUGUAUCCUUUCUUGUAGGAAACCAACAAUACGCCAUGUGGCAACAAUUCAUCAGUUAAAUUUCAGAGCUUCAUGUUAUGCAAAAAAAUAAAUCCUGCUGUUAUACGUGACAGUGACUUUGUGCUGAAAAUUCAGCUGUUCCACACAAACGUUGUAUAUCUUGUACAUUGAUGUUUAAAGAUAGUUUUGUUCUUAUACAAAGUGUUGACUGCCAGGUUGCUUAUAGCACUUUAAAUUAUUCUGAAGAUGAAAUUACCAGCCAAGUAUGUUGGCUUAAGUAGUUUUAGUUAUAUAACUCUUAAAAAUACCUAGUUCUUUUGGGGACAGUUUAGAUAAUUAUCUAAAGAAAGCAUAAUAUUAAUGAGACUCUCUCGUGCUCUAUGACACGCUGUUGCCGAAGAUGAAUAGAAACGGCAUCGUUUUCUCGUCUGUGUAAAGCUCUCGUUCUAAAUAGGUCAUAGUGUCUAGGUUAGAUGUUUAUAAUAUAAGGACUGUAAAUAAAUGUACCCUUCCCCCUUUAGUCUUCCACAGCAGUAUUAUUGUCUUUGUGGAGGUGACUAAUCACAAAACUUUAAACAUCCUGUAAUGGAUUCCAACUACAACAAACUCAUAGAGAUGUAUACCAAAUAAAAUUAAAUGCAUAAAUGCAAAUGAGUUUGGAUUUAUUCAAUAACCAAGUCAUUACCAUAUCUAAGAACUGGUAAUAAACCUGCUAUAGUCUCCUGA